CUGUAAAGUGCUAUCGGACAGAGUUGCAUUUAGACACGAGUAGCUUAGCCCUGGUUUUCUAUUAAGCGCCGUUAUAAAAUCAUACGAAAAUGCCUGGAUUGAAUGCUCUCAACUGCGUUGGACAAAACGAUUUGGUGUCCUUGCGUAUAAUUUGCACUAUGGCGCGCAACCGAGAGUACAAUGUAGAGGAUCUGGACACGUACGGGAACACGGCCUUGCUGAAGGCUUGCUAUUUGGGGCGCAUCGAAUGCGCUUGCACACUUUUGGAGUUUGGAGCGAAUAUUUACGCGGUCAAUUACUUUGGACAAAACGCAUUGACCUUGGCUACCUACUCCGGAUGUUAUCCUUUAGUCCGAGAGCUUUUGCAUCUUCGUUCCUACAAGGAUUUUAAUCUGUCUUCGCUGAUUCCGGCCUCUUGUGUUGCCGCAAUGCAAAACCAUGUCGAAAUUGAAGAAUACUUUAUGAAAAUAGAUCCCAGCGGUGUCCAUGAUCAGACGGUGCACGGUCUUGGCGUCCACGACUUGCACGAAAUGGUGGAAAAAGCAAAGAAGAUUGAUCAGCAAAUACAGUCCUCUCAGCCUACCUUAAUGCAUCAUCGCUUCCGCUAAUCUUCCUGUAAAACUAUAAAAACAAUAAAAUUGUCGCUUUAAUUUA